GAGACAUCACUUCACCUUGUUGCCAACAUUCCGAACACAUCGUCGUCCAGAUCAAUGCCGCAGUAGCCCUGAACUGACCCGCCGCUUCACGCAAUCCCCCCCAAACGAGCCAUGGCACAGACUGUCGCCCUACGCCGUCGCCAGAACAAGAGCUGCGACCAGUGUCGAGCGGGCAAACGUCGAUGCGAUGUCGAAGUCGCUGUCCACGAGGUGCCAGCAAUCAGCGGUCUCGGUUUCCCCUCGAGCGAUGAACACGAGGCGACGAACAUUUUCGCCUCCUCUCCCUGCACAAACUGUAAGAAGUGGAAAAAGGCCUGCACAAUCGAGUGGAUCAAGUCGCAUCAAAGGCGUCAGUCGACCACCUCCAAGCGCAGGCGAGGUUCAAAGGGAGUAUCGCACAUCGCAGACGACACAGCCACGCAGGAGGCAUGGGUGGACGGCGCCUCGAGUCUUCCGCAGGAGGAUAUUGACUCCAUGCUCAGCGACUCUCUCAACAGGUCAAUAUCCAGAGAAACAUUUCCGGACGCUUCGACCGCAUGCUUGUCCACGAGCACAAUGUUCGAGAACUUCAACGGAUCACAACACGACGAUAGCGCCUCUCAUAUGAACCCACAGCUGAAUCAGCCCUUCUACGACUUCACGCCUGUCGACUAUCCCGAGUCCUAUUCGACCAAUUACUAUAUGGCUCAGCCGAUGCUCGACCCGGAGGUUGCUAUUGAUGGCCAAUCCUCUACGAGUUACCUCUCCGAUGGUGCGAGCUCUUGGGGGCAGCCCAUGUCAAAUCCUCAGUCGGUGGUUGAUAGUCAGGAUCAGGAAUCCACCGUCCAGGAACGUCGAUUCUCGCCUCCCUUCUACGGAAAUGGCCUAAUAAACAAGACUGCUUCGCCCUUUGCCUCGCAUUUUCUUGCGGAAGAUCAUAGUCGGCUUUAUAUCAAAAAAGGCCUGCUUAAAAUCUAUCACGACUCCCUAGAAGGUGCUUUGAGCUGUUGGCUGAUUGAGAGGAAUUGCCCCUACGCGUCUAGCCCAUUUGUGGACGAAAGAGAUGCCUGGAGCUCCAAAUGGUCCAACAGAAUCGUGACACGAGUGCGCGCAUUAGACGACGCCUAUUCAAGGAGUGGUCUCUUAUCCCAGGGUGAUCAAAAACAGGCUUCAAACGUCCUCAGCCUUGUGGUUAUGGCUUUCGCCGUGCAAUGGGCUCAGUCCGCUUACGGAAAGCAUGACAACCUAUCCACGCAGCUACCUGAACAUGGAAUCUUUGGGCGCAAUAUGCAAAAAGCACUUUGGCAUAAAGCCAACGCGGCUCUUAGUCAGGCUGUGGGAAACCCGUCUUUCAAGGUCAUAUUUGCUGCGAUCAUAUUUUCUUUGACGCAACGUCCCAUGGAUUCGGCGGAAGUCCUCCCUAGCCCAAAUUCACGUCGGCAGAAUGAUCUCGCGUCGCUACGCAGGAUCCUCGACCAUGACGGCGGGCCUAUCUUUCUGGACGUCGCUGUCCGCAAAUUGCACGAUCAUCAACGAAGACUCAAAGAUGCCGAACGCUCUCAGAAUGGUAACCACCUUGCGUUACAAACGUCCCUCACUCUGGGUGAGCAGGACAAACAAACGUUUGGACUUAUGUUCUGGCUCGCCAUCAUGUUUGACACAAUAUCCGCAGCCAUGAACCGACGGACUUUCGCUCUAAGCGACGGCGAAACCAGUAUCAUCGAUGAUGAUCAGCCGCCGGCUCCGAGGCUGUCAUCAUCCGUCAACGGAUUUGCCUGUGAUCUGGAUGGUUAUUCUGGUUUCUCCAAUAUGAACAGUUCUCAGUUAGCCCGGGAGUCGCAAAUAUGGGGCAACUACUUCCUUCGUCAGCAGUCCCGGAUUGGAGACGUUCGCAAGCAAACGACUCGCUGGCCUUGCUCCUAUGUCGAUGCUGCAGCAUGCCUCGCCGAUGCCGCUCCCGUCAAGGUCCUCGUUUUCCGCAGAGUAGGGCAUCUUCAGGAUCUCUAUUAUCAGCGUGCCCCAGCCGAAGCAAUCGAGAAUGCCAUCGCAUCCACGUUAGAGGUCUAUAACCAUUGGAAUAACACCUACGGCCGCUUCAUUACCGACUGUGUGGCAAACCACGAGAGCCUCCCUGCUCGCAUUCAAUCCUGGUACAUCCUCCUCGCUAGCCAUUGGCACCUGGCCAUCCUCAUCCUGUCGGAUCUGAUCGAGAAGCUAGACGAUUCGAACAUGACCCUGCCGGCGAAUCGGACCGCUAGACAGACGACGGAGUUCUCUGUAGCCCUACGGUUCCGCUCCGUUUACGCAGUGUCGGACCUCGGCCGAUGUUCACGCUUCGGCAACGAAGAUUUAUCCUUUUCGCAAUCGCCAGAUUUUCACUAUGCGGUUAAUAAGGCAGCACUGCUCACGGAGCCGUGGACGGUAGUUUUAGUGCGGUCGUUCGCGCACGCCGGUGAAGUUCUCGUCAAAUUGGUCCUGUCCAGGCGCGAGCCUGGUCUUUUCAUGGACACCAACCACCUGUCGGAAGCAAGGAGUCGUCUGAAUGAUUGUAUCGACGCGUUGUGGCUGCUAGGGCGAAAGAGUGACAUGGCAUUAAGUGCAGCCAAAAUACUGCAAGAGGCUGUGAACCAGGGUAUGGCAUAAAACUAAUUACAGAGGUAACACAGAAAAAGCACCAAUGCUUGAUUUAUCCGGUUGGCCUCUCGGUCUAAACCCCUGGCCUCCUCUCAUAUUGUUCGUCGUUUGCCGUGGAUGCCGUCGGAAGACAGCGUUCCCCGAUCCUAGCGAGCAACGAGGACCAGCCUGUACGAGGUAGACCGAUUGAACGGUCAGCACUUCUGCUAGGCCACGCCAGGGACAGAAAGCUUCGGCUCAAAGGAUGCGAUCGACGACUCUUUUCUUAAGGUCCUUGCAUUAACUAUCCCUCAUUCUCUUUAGCCCGGAGAAUAUGAAACAAACCCUGCUCUUCCUGCGGCCGGGGGGCUGGGCUUACAGGACACGUUAUCCGCACAUUGUCCUUGGGGAUGGUAUGCGGAUCCGCAUGUACACGAGAGAAAUGCAGAUCCUGGGGUGCUCUCCACGCGGGGAAGCAGAAAAGAAGCUUGCGUCUUGGUGAGGAAAUCUGGGGAACGAAAGCGCUUAGAGGCGGACUCGGCACAAACCAAGUGAGGCGACGAAGGGGAAUGGACCACACGGCCGGGUUGAUCAAAGACAUUCCCAUCAAUGUGACCAGGCUCGGCGAGGAAAUGAAGUGCCCUCGGAGCCCCGGGAUCAGAAUGGAAAUAUCGCGGAGACUGUUUUAUGCCUGGGACAAGGAUGCGGGUUGCCGAACCAGGCUCUGAAAUUUGAACAGCCAGCCCUACCUCGACCACUCCCUGCGAUUUCACGUCGAAUCUCCCUAUCAGCAGCAACCUGGAUGAUUAUUGUUGCUUCCGGGAGGACAGCCUCCCGCAAUAACACAGCCACUACUCGGUCCAAAAAUUGUUUACAGCGGCGAUGCCGUCCUUCCCUGCCGCCCAUCCGUCCGCCUUGUUGGCUGGCUUGUCUACGAAGAUGCCUGGAUGGCACCUAGCAUUCGAUUCUCUUGAGGGUCGAGCAGAGGUGCUGUGGUAGCCCCAGCUUUGCCUUGAGCGCCAUGGCUGUGGCUAGUGAGUGAGACAUCGGACGAGGCCGUUUCGGCCUCCAGUAUGCGGCCUUGCGCAGUAUAGGCCGUUGACUCAAAAGGUAACAACCAUUAAACAAAGGCUUUUAUUCUGUCCUUGUGUAUAGAGACCUCCUUAUCUUUAU